AUGGGCAAGAAGUCGUCAUCAGCAUCCGCGGGGACUCGCAAAAAGCACGCGCGCAAAUCAGGCAAGGACGAGGACGAGGUCUCGACCGCCAGACCUCAACGCGGCCAGAAGCGCGGAGCCGACGGCAAGAAGUUAUCCAAGAAGGAGCGCAAGGCGCUCGCAAAUGUCAAGCAGUACAUCCCUCCACCAAAGCCACCCGCGCCUCCCAUCCCCGACCCGCUUGACGGACAGGGCCUCGCUCGCUCGUUGCCCGCCGAGCUUGUGGUGGUGUUGAGGCGGCUGGGGAAGAAGGACGACGUGACGCGGCGCAAGGGGCUCGAGGAGCUUCGUGAGCAGUGGGUUUCCCCGCUCCUCGAAGAGGGCGGCGGCGAGGAUGCAGCUACGCAGCGCGACAUCACUGCUGCGGCUGUGGAGGCCGCGCUUCCCGUGUGGCUGCACAACCUCUCAAGCCUGCUACAGUCACCUUCGCAUAGGACCCAGGCACUGGCGUUGCACAACGACCUUCUCUCUCUUCCCCACAUGCGGGGGGUACUUGUCGACACCCUGGCUGGCGGGUACCUCCCCGGUACGCAAGACCGGGACAUUAUCGGCUCAUGGUUGGUCGCUGCGCUUGAGGAGGGCCGCCGCGCUGGCGGCAAGGCGCUGGCGGUGUGGGACUCGGUCAUGCGCUUUGAGCCACCUCUCGUGAAGGAUGGUGUGCCGACGUCACAGCUCGACCUCGUUCCCCACCUCCCUGCGCUGGCGGAGUACUUCUCCCUCUCAACGCUUGACCCGCAGACGCUUCAUCGGGACAUCCAUCCCGCGCCUGUACAGGUCGCGUUUGAGAAGGAGAGGCCACCGACCAAGGGGAAGAAGGGUGCAUUGCCCAAGAGCCGCGCGUCGCCCGCGCCGACACCGACUCCGCCCGUCGAGGAGGACACGGAGGUCGCCGAGGAACGGUGGGCUCGCUACCGCGUCGGCGGACUCGUUGGGCUCGGCUGGAUUGUGUCUAAACUUCCCAGUGCCAGCUUCGAGCGACCACCAGAGGAGUUCGCAGUGCUCCUCACCAAUCCCGUGCUCUGGAGCGCGCUUGGCAUGGUCGUCGCCGUGCCCGACGUCAUCCCAAUCGGGAGCCAGCCACCCAUUCGCCGGGCGGCAUACAACCUCCUCUCUACGGUCCUCGACGCGUACCCGGCUGAGGUGGCACGGGCCGAGCUCCUGGAAAUCAUCUCCCUAUCUGUCCUCUCGAAUUGCUGGCAGGAGAAGGAAGCGGUUGUGUGGGAGGCCGCUGGCACGGCCCUGCUCAAGUUCCUCACCAAGAACAGGUCGUCGUGGUUGGUCGCUCCCAAGACGGGCCAGGAUGAUGGGGACGACAGCGACGAUGACGACGACGAUGAUGAGGGCAGCACGCAACCAACAAGCCGCGCCGAGACACCAGCGGGGCGGAGUGCAGCCGGCGAUGACGCGAUCCCAACCAAGGCGUUCGACGGCUUCCUCGAGUUCGUCUCGACUGUCUGCCCGAGCAUCCCACACCUCACUUACCCUCUCUUGGUCGUCAUCGUCUCGACCGUCCCCGCUGUUCUCCUCCCCCUCUCCUCCCCCCCGAGCUUGGCACUGUUGAACCUGUUCUCGCACCUGUGGUCGCCGGCCGACGCGCGCCUGCUGUCUACGCACGGCCUGGGCGGGCAGCCUUCGGCCUUCCAGGCGUUCCUCCAGUCGACCGCCGACAUUGCGGCCUACCUCCUCGAGAAGACUACAGACGAGACGCAGGCGUGGCUCGUCAAGGACCAGCUGGGCACGCGUAUCUGGGGCGAAGGUGUUGUCGAUAUGGGCGGCAAGGGUGGCCGGCGAGGUGCACCGCCCGUCGAGACCGAGGCCAAGAUCGCCGCCAAGGCCAUCGGCAAGGUCGUCGAAAUCGCACCGAACUCCCUCCCAGCUUUCAUGGAGGAGGUUGAGCGCACAACGCUUGGGACCUGCUUUGACGAGAAGCACGCGUUCCUCGCGCGCGCACUGCCUGCGCUCACGUUACUCCGCGAGGCAGGGCCGAGCGUUCACCAGUCUAUCGACGAGAUCAUCGUCAAGCUCGCGGAUGGGUGCACCGAGCGGCUGUUCGAGGUGGACGACGCAGCGCCUGGCCUCGCCGAGGCCUUGGUUGCCAUUCUAAAGAGGCGACCGGAUCUCUUCCCGUCCGAGCGCGUGCACAUCCUCUCGCAGGGGCUGCAGGCGCACCUCAACGAGCUGGUGGGCGCGCUCUCCCCAGCUCUCAUUGCGAAGCUGUUCGACGCGGUCGUAGCCGUCGCGUCGGCAGACGAGAAGGACGCACUGCUCUCCGCGCUGUGGGGCUUCGUCACCUCCGAUGGCGAGCAGGGGCAGCGAUUCGCGCUAGCGACUGGCAUUCUCGGCGAUGGGCCAGGUCUGAUCGGCGCACAGCGCUUGGACGCCAUUGCGCGCGAGGCAGUGCGGGCUGCGCUCACCUCUGACGACGCCGCAGCAGUGUCCAUCGCAUCCCAGGCCGUCGUUAGUGACGACUGGCUCUCGGACCAGGCGCGUGACGCCGUCCUCUCCUCGGUGACGGCCGCAGCCCAGGACGCCGUCGACGACCUCCUCACGGAGUGCGUCGAUGUUGUCGUCCCAUACACGCCGUUCGCCAUCCUCGCUGUGUACGCGGCCAAACAUCUCGAUAAGCUCGUCGCCUCGGACGCGUACAUCCCCGCGGUCGUGGCCGCGCACCACCUCGUCGUGCUCGUCCCUCGCCUGGGCCUGGACGUCUCAGUUCCACCCGAACCGUCCAAGAUCUGGGCGGCCGCAGCCUCCUUACCAGAGGAGAGUAAGGCGACUCUCUCGGCAGCGAUCUCGCGCUCACUCGCGGAGCUCCUCGGCCGCGUGUCCUGUCGCGCCGACCCGGACGCGCUCGUGGACGUCGCCCUCAUGACCGACCUCGGGACGCACCCCACGCCUGCCACUGUGGCCAGCACCCUCCUCCCACCCGCUGACGAGAUGCUCUCUCAGCUCGCGGCACACACGUCCCAGCCGCCACACCCCGCCCUCCCCGUCAUCGACCCACAGGUCCCGACCGGCGGGGUGGUCGAGCCCAUCUCCCGCGCAUCCGACUUUGACACCGCUGGCCGCUCUCGCGCCGCGCGCUAUGUCGAGGCCGGCCUUGCACUCCUCCGCGUCGACCGUUCCCUCGUCACGACGCUUCCCCACCUCCUGAACGUCGCGCUCAGCGCAAUGGUCCUUGCCUCGGACGCGGCUGCGAUUCCCGGCGCCUCGAGAGGGAUGUACACGCCGGAGGCGAGCCCGGCUGCACUCGAGGGCGUCGUGCGCGGCGCGCAGGGCGCUCUCUCCUUCUCUCUCAGCCUCAUUGACGAGGCACCGCUUGCGUGGCACAAGGCUACUAUCGAGCAGCUCCGAGCGGGGAAGCCUGUCCAGAAGGCGGAUUAUUUACAGCGCCUUCUCGGUGACCUCUGUGCGUCAGUGGCCGAGAAGACGAGCGACGUCGCACCUCGCGCGUUCUACGCAGUGCUGUCGCGGCAUUUGCGUGGAUCUGAGGCCGGCGAAGCCGAGGGUGAGGUGUGGCUCACGUACGCCAUGCAGAUGAGUGAUAAACAACCGGAACUCGCCCAAGCAAUCAUCCUCGCCAUCAAGCCGCUCAUGCUUGACGCCAGGGCGUUCGACGUGGCGCAGAACAGACUCGCCAACGCGCUCACCGGCAUCUCGAUCAAGAAUGUCAACGAGAAGGGCGUGCCUGCACUGCGGCUGCUCGCGGCCACCGCGCCGCCGCGUGACUCCCUUUCGGUGUUCCUGCCGCAGCAGAGAGCAGUCUUUGUCUUGCGACAUGUGGGCGGAUGGCUCACGUCGGAGGACGAGGCGGCCGACGACCUCUCAGAUGAAGUCGACACGCGUGUAGCGGAGCUGUACGCAGCACUCGCGCCAAUCGUGCAGGACCUCUCCGGCGCUCACUGGGACGGGAUCUUCGACCUCAUUGAGAGCGGGCUCGACUCGUGUGCACUCGACGACCCAGAGUCGUAUCCUCUGCUCCAUGCCGUCCUCGCUUUACUCACCGAGGUGCGCGAUCUCGCUUCAUCGAACAAGGCGCUCCGCGACCUCUGGGUCGGCAAGGACGCGCACCUCGCAGGUGUUGUCAAGCUGUUCCUCCAGUGCCGCGAUGCUGCGAGCGAGCCGCUCCAACUCAUCCACGCACAGCUGCUCGACCUCCUCGGCGACGCGAGCCCCGAGGUCAUGGCCGCGGCCGGGUUACCAGAACUCUGCGAGUUGCUCUCGCAGUCGUCAUCUGCCGCGAUCCAGCGCACCGCGUACCGCGUCCUCGCGCAGGUUGUGCGUAAGAGCACAGCCGAGCUCGUGCUCGAGGUCGAGGCGGACGUGUCCGAGGAGCCUGCGCCCCCACGGGACAUCAAGCUGCCCGCUGACCUCGUGGCGAUCGCUGAGGCAGGCCGCGACGUGGACUGGCACGAGGAACUAUCGGUCCCCUUUGUCACUGCCCAGCUCCUUGCGUGGAUGGCCAUGCUCGACCACUUUGACGACGCGUCGCGUACCCUCCGCUGGGCAUACCUCGAUCAGCUCACGUCUACAAAGUUGCUCGGCGAGGCGCUCCUCCCGCUCCUCUUCGCGAUGCUCGGUGUAUCCGAGGUUGGCGCGUGGAACUUCCCCGCGUCAGCCUACGCUGUCGACGAGUUCUACUGCGAUCUGCUGGAGCCAGAAGAUCUGCCGGAUCUCAGCCCCCUCGCGUCACACGUGUAUUACCGCACGCUCGUGACCAUCCCAAGCGCCAUGCGCGCCUAUUACGAGGGCUUAAAAGACCGUCAGCUCAGUCUGUCGCUGCAGGCGUUCACAGCCCGCAAUUUCUCACCCGUGAUCAUUGCGCACGAGUUCUCUGCGUUACGUGCACCGCUUGCUCUCGCUGAGCUUACGGACGAGGGUCUCAGCAUUCGCAUCGCACAGGGCGGGGGCGGAACGGCUGGUGCCGGAGCUGCCGAGGCGAUUGCGAGCUACACGGUCGACGAGCAGCCGAUGGAGAUUGGCAUCCGCCUGCCAGCUGAUUUCCCGCUCAAGGCCGUGGAUGUGCGCGACCUGCGCCGCGUUGGUGUGCCCGAAAAUAAGUGGCGCGGAUGGCUCAUGGGCGUGCAGCAGACCAUCACGAGUCGCAACGGGCUCAUCUUGGAAGCGCUGACGGUCUUCAAGAAGAACGUAGCGCUCCACUUCGAGGGCGUGGUCGAGUGUGCGAUCUGCUACUCGAUCAUCUCGCUCACCGACCGCACGCUGCCCACCAAGCCGUGCAGGACAUGCAAGAACCGCUUCCACGCCUCCUGCUUGUUCAAAUGGUUUAACUCGAGCCACACGUCGAGCUGCCCAAUGUGUCGCUCGCUCUUCUAG